GUCAACCUCACUAUACUGUAGUUGUAUUUUCUUUCCCGUAGUGUUGUAUUCAUUCAUAAAAGAUGAUUAAUCCAUUAUUUGGUUUCGUCUCUUCAAAUAGAAUAUUACAUUUACCAAUGUACCAAUUUACCAUAUGCCAAUAAUCCAAUUACGAUAUUUUUUGCAAAAUCGCAACUUUUCUUUGAGAAAGAUGAUUAACCAGGAAGCUAUUGGUCGCGUGCCAUAGCACGGGAUGAAAACUGCAAAAUGUGAAAUAUACGAUGGUGAUGCUGAUGGGGGGAGGGGAUAGUGUUUGUGUGUGUGUGUGUUUACGUAGUAGUGUCGGGACAGCUUGUAGUGCAGCCAAAAAGUGAUUUCCAAAAAUAGCUGACGGCCCUUGUCGGGGGCCAAGCGAGCCAGUCAACUCUCCGCCCUAUCUCCAACAACUCUUCAGUCUCUCCUCCGAAUUGCCGAUGGUUGUGUCCAGUGCUCUUCAGGGAUCGAACCCUGGACUUUGAACAUGCGACGUCUCAGAUCCUGAUCUGCAAUAUGACACGUGCGAUCUUUUUUGUGUUAUUGCUGUUUGUGGCUGGGCCAAGCUACAUACAUUCCAAUGAGGAAGAAACAGUUGAAACAUGGGCGACAAAACUUGGAGAAGAGAUAUGGGAGCUUGGACAGCUUGUAACCAGGAUACCAGAAAUCAGACAGAAAUACAAAGUGCUGAAUGCUCGCGUUCUACCCACUGAUGGAGAGGCUAUUCUCAACACUAUAGUCACCAAUGUCAAUCGAAUGAUGAAGUCAAAAAUGGAUGCUGUAAUGUGCCUGAUAGAGGCGGCCGAACAGCUGUCGGAGAGGUUUGACUACAACGUGUCAUCUGUGCUGACCUAUCGUAGUGCCAAGCUGUCCUCCCUGGAGGAGGAGGCAGAGGAGGGGGUGACACCGCAGCCAAUCGUGCCCAAGCGCAUUCAGGACGAGGAGUUCUACGCCGAGUACCGCACCAUGCAGCUCGACAAGCACAAUCACUUCUAUGGCAUACCUGUCAACACUGACUACAGCGCUGUACAUGUUCCGACCGAUGUCUUCGACCAAGCCGAGAAUGUGAAAGAGCACAUCCAGUGGUCAGAGGCGUUGGACGAAGUAUUUGUUAGGAACUAUCGGAGCGAUCCAACACUGAAAUGGCAAUACUUUGGUGGUAACAGUGGCUUCCUUCGCCUCUAUCCUGCACUGCGCUGGAACGGUGACGUGGACGAGUUCGACUGCCGGACCCGACCCUGGUUCAUAGAGGCGGCCACCUGCUCCAAGGAUGUCGUCAUCCUGGUGGACAACUCGGGCUCCAUGACGGGCAUGCGUGCCACCAUCGCUCGCCAAACCGUCAACUCCAUCCUCAACACAUUCAGCAACAACGACUUCAUCAACAUCUUCGCCUUCAACAACGUCUCCUACAACAUUGUGCCCUGCUUCACUUCUGACAUGCUUGUGCAGGCGACUCAAGAAAAUAUAAAAACCUUUAAAGAAGCUAUAGACAGCAUUAAGCCAGAUGGUAAAGCGAACUUCACAGAUGCCUAUAUCACUGCUUUCAACCUUCUAGAACAGUACCGAGAGAGGCGCAACUGCCCGCAGCGGACGUGCAACCAGGCGGUGAUGCUGGUGACUGACAGUGUCACCGACAACCUGACUGAGGUCUUCCAGACGUACAACUGGUUCGACAACCGCACACACGUGCCUGUGCGAGUGUUCACCUACCUCAUCGGUCGCGAGGUCACCAAGGUGCGCGAGAUACAGUGGAUGGCCUGUCUCAACCGAGGUUAUUACGUGCACAUCCAGACCCUGGAAGAAGCACAGGGCCAAGUGCUGAAGUACAUCCCAGUGGUGGCCAGGCCUCUGGUUCUGCAGGGAGUCGAACAUCCCCUGUCCUGGACUCAUCCCUUUGCCGAUAUCACUGAUCCUGCAGUUUCGUCAUGGCUGUGGGAUGUAAUGGAUUUUGAUGAUCAGAAGCAACGCCUCUGGAAUCACAGUAGCAAUCAAAAUGAUUAUUUCAGCCAGCGCAAAGAAGACAAUAAAUAUAUUCGUAAAGUAACACAGGGUGAAGUAGGUGAGGAGGAUCUAGUAGAGUUCCAGGAGUACAGAAUGAUGACAUCUGUCUCAGGUCCCGCCUUCGAUAGGAAGAAGAAUAAAAACAAUGAGACCAAAAGUGCUGAUCUUCUUGGAAUUGCUGGUACUGACGUUCAUAUAAAGGACAUCGAGAAACUUACACUUGCUUACAAGAUUGGUGCAAAUGGAUAUGCAUUCAUCAUAACAAACAAUGGUUAUCUCAUGUCACAUCCAGAUCUUAGACCUGUGCACAAAGGAAUUCUAAAGGAUAACUACAACAGUGUGGAUCUGACAGAAGUUGAGCUGCUUGACGACAACAUAACAGAUCCAAGAGAGCCAAGUGAAGAAAUACUUGAGCUUCGUCGAAUAAUGGUAGAGCACAAUGAAGGGAAAACGCUGAAUUUGAAAAUGAAAUUUCAUUACGAUGACUUUAGAAGAGUAGGAGCUGAAACACGACAUUACUAUUAUGCGCCACUCGAAAACACUUCGUUCUCACUGGGUCUGGUGCUUCCACAUUCCUAUGGAAACUAUUGGAUUAAAGCUGGAGACGAAAUUCGAAAAACAUAUCAAAUGGGUGAGAGUGUUGCUGACUAUUUCAGAGGGAACUGGAGAAUACAUCCUGAUUGGGUGUAUUGUGACUAUCACCGCGACACAAGUCAUUGGAACGAGAGCCGCGAAGAAAGACUGGUUGAGUUCAUGAAGCGCAUGCGCAGUCCCCAUUGGAAGUGGCAUGAACAGUAUCCAAACGAUCCAAAUGAUGAAGAAGAUGUUUGCAAUAGAACAGCAAUCGGAGAUGACGAAUAUUACUGUGAUAAAGAGCUAAUGCAAUUGUUGGUAUUCGACGGAAAGAGCACUCACUUAUCCUAUGAACAGAAGAAGUAUAUUGCCAAAACCAGACGCGAGCUUGAACUGGUGAACAAAUAUAAUGUCUCACUCAGAUUUGUUGCCACUCAAAGCGGUCUGACAAGAUGGCAGUACAUAAAAGAGAGAGCAGAUGAGCAAAAUGAAUGGGGUGACUCGAAUAACGAAGCACUGAAUGAGCCGUGGUAUCGUAGUGCGGUGUUGCAACACCACAUUGACGCUGAUGCGUUUGUUCUGUCAAUGCCAUUCGAUCCAGAGCGCGCAAAAACGAUGACGGCCAGUCAUGCGAUUUUCCACAGAGACGGAGGCCAUGAAGCACCCGGCUCGGUGGUUGGAUUCCAUUUCCCAUACGACAACUUCUACAAUAGUUUCAUCAAGAUUAUUUCACGAUCAAAUUGUCCUGACUGUGCGGUGAGUUGUCAAUCGGACACGCAUGACUGCUACGUGAUCGACGGCAACGGCUACGUGGUUUGGUCACGUGACAACCUGACUGGCGUCUUCUUCGGCGACAUGGAGGGCGCCGUGAUGGAGGCCAUGGUCUCCAAGAACAUCUUCCGCCGCAUUAAGAUGUUUGACUACCAGGGACUUUGCUUCGAUACUGUUCAGGUCGAUAGCAGCGCUAUCAGUCUAUUGACGCCAUUCAAGCAACUGUUCAACUUAGUCAUGUCAAUGUCAAGCACCUUACUAUGGUACUUGAUGGAGUUAUCUUUAUGGAGGCCAGUGUACUCGUAUGAUGAUGGAGUGAUGUCAGAGGUGCCUCCCGUUCAUGAUACAACACCGACUCAGGAAGACACUGAAGAAGACGGCUUCAAUCUGUUCUACAGCUUGGGCGAUUUUCUUUUCAAAUAUUACGAUGAAAUAGAGAGCGGAGGAACAGGUGAAGAAGGCGGUGAGAAGGUGUUCUAUCGGCGCAAAACUUCUCAGGUUCGCAACACUACGGUGGCCAGACCGUGUGACCGGCAGGGCGAUCUUUACCUGCUGCAACAUCUCAGCAAGGAGGGGUAUCACUCCUCAACCAUUGUCAACUGUUCCAGACCAUUCAUUGUGAAAAGAAUUCCGCACACGAAUCUCCUGUUGAUAGUGAUAAACGCGCUAUACCAGAGUUGUUAUGUGAAACUGAAUGCUGAAAUGACUGAAAUUGAGUAUAACAACACGUAUGGUCCAAACCAGAGCUGUCAAAAGUUGUACUUGAACACUUUGCCCAGGCGAAAGUUGACUGGUUGCUUCAGUGAGCAUCCACUGGAGAAUGAGAUCAUAACCUGCGGCAGAGGAAGCCAUCUUGAAGUUCAUACAUUACUUCUUGUUCUUGUAUCUGCCAUUCCUUUAUUGAAUAGCCUGUCGAAUGCCAUUAGGAGAAGUUGACAUUAUUCCCAUUUUCAAUAAAUAAAUUAUCUAUUAUUUUAGCUGUUUUCCAACAAAGGUACUCAACAUCAAGGAGCAUUGUACUAGUCACAAAUUUUUCCAUUGAUUGAAGAGUACAGUGUUCUAAAUGUCUUUUAAUAACUUCUUAACAAGUUGCGCAAAAGCAUUUUAAAUUUUAAUCAUGAUUAAAUAACACGAGAAACAAUUGUAGAAGGCUUAAGAGAGAUAUUUUUUUAUUGGUUCCCGUAGCAUUUGAUCACAGUAUAAAUUUAACGGGUUUUUGUACAACCGGGCCUUAGGUUGGAAGAGCUCCGCUUGAUCUUCCUCUUAAAGUAAAACUUCAUUUUAGUUUUAUUUAUUCGUACUCCAGUCUAACUGGAUUUUACAUUAUUUGUGGUAUAUUUUCCCACUCAUUUAAGAUGAGCACCUUCAGACAAUUUGUCUUUACUUUUUCAAGAGGGUUUUUUUCAAGUUUUUCCACUAAUCAAGUAUUCAAAUUGAAAUAAGGAUUGUUUUAUAGAGUAAUUUGUCAGAGUCUUCGAAUAUAAUGAGAGAAUUAGACAAAUUCUUUGGAAGAUGUAUUUGAAGAACUAUUAAAUGUCUCAUCGAAAUUUAAUGUGAUUCAUAAUCUGAGUGAGCCAUAUUAUGCAGUGGGAUCAGAGUCAAAUUUGAUUUAAUAUACCCAUUCAUUAGUGCCUUGAACUAAGUUCAUUAUAAUUCAAUAAAUUAUUAUUGUUGUAUUGUUUUUAUUGUUAUGCAAAUAUGUAAUAUUAUUAUUGUUGUGCAGACAAGUAUUUGGCUUGUUAAUCCUUUACUAUUUGGAAUUCAUAUUCAUUUGAAAUCAGUUCCUCAUUAGACUUGUAAAUAUAAGUUGAAAAUAAAUUUGGGAUUUUAAAGAAA